AGCUCGUGGGGCGCGGAGCGGGUGUUUGGGAGACCUGGGCUUCUUCGGGGAUCGGAUGGGAAGUCGAGUGGUGCUCCCUUUUCGCGAUCAGGGCGUCUCUCAGCUCCACCUCAGGCCUGGGGUCUCUUGAGUGCUCGUAAGUAAAGCAAGAUUUCAAGAUGAAAAGUCCAUCAGACUCAGCUGUGAUGUUACCUAGCACUCCACAGACCGGUGCCAAUCCACCAUUUCCCCGUACAAGUAGUUGGAGAAAACAACCUAUGAGUGCAACCCUUAGAGAACGAUUAAGGAAAACUAGAUCUUCAUUUAAUUCCUGUUACAAUGUGGUAAAACGACUUAAAGUGGAGAGUGAAGAAAAUGAUCAGAGCUUUUCAGAGAAACCAGCACCUUCAACAGAAGAGAACUGUUUGGAAUUUCAAGAAAACUUUAAACACAUAGACAGUGAAUUUGAAGAAAGUACAUACUUGAAAAAUACUUUCAAGAAUAUCAAUGAAUGUGAAUCUAAAUCACUUGAUACUGAGUCAUGCAGUGAUCUCAAAAAUGACUUUAUGAAUGAGACUCUUCCCAACCAUGGAUUAAACAAAGAAAAAGCAAAUUUGGUGAAGCAGAUUCAGGAGAAAGAAGACCUUCUUCGGAGAUUAAAACUAGUCAAAAUGUAUAGAUCAAAGAAUGACCUGUCUCAGUUACAGUUGUUAAUAAAGAAGUGGAGAAGCUGUAGCCAGCUGCUGCUUUAUGAGCUGCAAUCAGCUAUGUCUGAGGAGAACAAGAGACUAAGCCUUACUCAGCUGAUAGACCACUAUGGGUUAGAUGAUAAAUUGUUACACUAUAACAGAAAUGAAGAAGAAUUUAUAGGUGUUUAAUUCAUAAUUUUGUUCUUCAGAAUAUCUUUGUGGAUGACAACAUAAUUAAAAGAUAUUUAUACAUUUUAAAGGGAAGAUAUAAACCAUUAGAGCUUAGAGAAAGGUAUCCUGGUGAACCUGGAUCAAUUUAGGGCCUCUAUAUAGAUAUAAACUAGGUUCUAAAAUGAAAAUUUAGUGUUUUGAAUAAAUUUGCCAAAGAAAACUUGACAGUUAAAGGUGAAAGAAAAUUUUUGAAUUGUCGUGUUUAAAAAAAUAAUUUGGACAAUUGUGGAAGUGAGUUUUAAUAUUGUUUUAUUUAUUGUGGUAAAAAGUUUUAAAUGUUAAAAAAUAGCCCAUCUAGUGAAUGUCUAAACCUAAACUUGUCUAAAAAUGCCUGCCUCUCCUAAGUUUAUGCCUCUUCCUUGUUUCUACCCAUUUACCACAUAUUUCCAUCUGGAUGGUCUAGCAGGUAAUUAAAUUCAUAUGUUCAAAAUUAUAUUAGUUUCUCUUCAGAUUUGUUACUUGUAUUCCUCAUUUCAUUUAGUGAAAUGAUCAUCUAUUUCAUAUAAAACCACAUAUUUUCAUCUCCCACUUCAAGGCAUCAUGGCAUACAGGGCCUUUUACAUUCAUCUCCCUUUCUAGUUUUAUCUGUGAAAUAGGUUAAACUUAGCAUAUCUACUCCAUUAACAGUGACUCCUCAGGCAGAAACCCACCUUCACUGGGUUGGGGUUCUGGCUGCCAUGUUGUACUUUAUCUGUCAUCCUGGCCACAGACAGACAUAUGACUCAAGCUCGCCCAGUCCUUGAGAAUCUGGAGUUGAGCUCAAGAAAAGAAAGCCUAUCUCUUUUCAUGGCUGGAGCUGUUGUAUGUGAACUUGGAAGCAGAAAAGCUGGUGUGCUUAAGUGUGCCCUUACAGAGAAAGGCAGAGAUGACGGAGAACUUUGUGGGUCAGUGGCUUCUUGGUUCUGGUUUCCAGUC